AUGACAACAAUAAAUGACUUAAAACAUUAAAAAUAAGAUAAGCUUAGGCUUAGUCUUAGGAAGGAAAGAAACGAAAAGACUUUUUCUUAAAAAAGAUAAUUAAAUGGAGAAACAGAAACUAAAAUAUUCUUAUUGUUUCCUGUUCAUCUAUAUAAGAAUAUUGACAUUCUGAAAAAUUAUAAUAAAAUAUUUUUAAUAGAGGAUGAUUAAUACUUCAGAGCAUAUAAUUAUCAUAAAUUAAAGCUUGUUUAUCAUAGAGCUACUAUGAAAUCAUAUUAAGAUUAUUUAAUAAAUAAUUUAAAACAAACAAGCAUAUAAUAUAUUGAUCAAAAUGAUAAUUGUAGUUCAUUUUUGGAAGAGCUUUAAAUGAUUGAUAAGAUUGUUAUUACUUAAUGUGACUUUUAUGAUCCAAUUGAUAAACCAGUUUUAUAGAAAUAUUCAGGUAUUUUAAAGAAAUUAGGAAUACCAAGUGAAAUUAAAGAAAAUUUAUCAUAUUUAUGCACAAGAAGAGAUUUAGAAUAAUAUCAUAAGGAAAAUGUAAAAGUAAAGGAUGGUAAAUCAAAUUACAGUCAUGAUUCUUCAUUUUAUAGAUGGUAAAGAAGAAGAUUAAAUAUUUUAAUGGGUCCUAAAGGGGAAGAUCCAGAAUAAUGGACAUAUGAUUCAGAAAAUAGGCAGCCAUUAAAAUAAGGAACAAAAGUACCAAAGAAACCUGAAUAAAUAAAAUCAAUUUACUAUGAUGAAGCCAUAAAUUAUAUAACUAAAAAUUUUCCAAAUAAUUUUGGUGAAAUAAAAAAUACAAUUUAUCCAAUUGAUCAUAAUUCAACUGAAUAAUGGUUGGAUAGUUUUUUAAAGUAGAAAUUAAGAGAAUUUGGUCCAUAUUAAGAUGCUGUUCAUUCAGAUUAUCCUUUUGUUAAUCAUUCUAUUUUAUCUCCAAUGAUGAAUAUAGGGUUAAUUACUAGUAAUUUAAUUGUUGAGAAAACUUUACAAUAUUAUAAAGAAUAAAAAACACCUAUUUAAUCAGUAGAAGGAUUUCUUAGAUAAGUAAUUGGUUGGAGAGAAUAUGUUAGAUUAUUAUAUUAUUUUGAAGGUGAAUAGUAAAUGAAUGCUAAUUUUUUUAAUCAUUAAAAUUAAUUAAAUAAAAAUUGGUAUACUGGUUAGACAAAAAUACCGCCAAUUGAUCAUAUGAUUGAAAAGACUAUUAAAUAUGCUUAUCUUCAUCAUAUUGAAAGAUUAAUGUAUAUAGGAAAUACUAUGUUAUUGUCAGAGAUCCAUCCAAAAGAAGUAUUUAAAUGGUUUAUGGAAGUUCAUAUAGAUAGUUAUGAAUGGGUAAUGGCACCAAAUGUAUUUGGUAUGACUUAACAUGCAGAUGGAGGAAUAAUGAUGACAAGACCAUAUAUUUGUUCAUCUAAUUAUAUGCAAAAAAUGAGUAAUUUUAAUAAAUCAGUUAAAUCUGAAAUUAAAAUAGAAAAAUAAAUAUAUAAUUGGACUGAUCUUUUUGAUAGUUUAUAUUAUAAUUUUAUUGGUAAAAAUGAAGCUACACUUAAAAAAUAUUAUGCAACUGCUCGAUAAGUAGCUCAUUGGGCAAAAAAAAGUGAGUCAGAUAAAAUUAAAAUUACUAAAAUUGCUUAAACUUUUAUCAAAUAAUUGAUUAAAUGAUACUAUUUAUUUAUUUAAUCAAAAUAUUGCUCCG